AGAUCACAACAAGCAGUUCUUGGCAACACAAUGAGCGAACAGCCAGACAGCAGAAGAAUUCAACACUAUAGAGCUUCUUAAUAAUUCUUUAAAAAUAAAAGGAGGAUGUCUUAUCAUGAUCGCAGUAACCAGUCUAGUUGAAGUGUUUGCCUUUCUUCUUUGCUAAGCCUUAUCAGGGUGAUUUAAUGUGUGUGUGUGUGUCGGUGCAACUGCACUGGAUUUGCUAGAUAACAAGUACAUGUAUAUCGAGCUUCAUUUUUACCGUUGCCUUGGUUCGGGGAAGCUGUUUUCUGGACUGAAUGCUCUAGCUGUUGCGGUGGAGAAAUGGAAUGAUUUCAGCAUGUGGCCUGGAUUGGAGGCUGGUGUUGUUCCUUUACAUAAUGGCAUCAAUCGACUUCUUCUUUCAGAAAGAAUUUGCCAAACUCGUCAUGAAAAGCGGUGCAUCUCAAGAUGGUCCAGUCCGCCCCCCUAGGAGGCAGAUGGGAUGGGGUGACGACGCCCCCAAACCUGCAAGAAGCCGUGGAAACGUUGAUCAAUUGGAAGCAUUUUCAGCAAAUGAUAGAGUAGAACAGGAAAGCAGAUCCAAGGCGCAUGAUUCCGAUGAUGACAUGCCGGUCAUCCCAGACCUUGAUGAUGUCCAGGAGGAGGAUAUGGCCACUCAGAUAGCCGCCCCACCCAGUGUACCGGUCAACAGGGUCAUCACCUACAGAGAGCUGGACAAUGAUCUUCUCAAACACUCACAGCUACUCACACUGGACAAUGAGAUAGAUCUGAAGCUCCUGAGCAAAGCCUUAUCGGCUGAAUCUGAAGUGAUGGAAGAAGACAAACCGUGGGACUGGGACCAUCUCUUCACAGAGGUCUCAUCCGAGCUUCAGACAGAAUGGGACCAAACAAUCUCCACGCAGAAAUCAGACACAAGUAUAGUGAGCAAGUCGUAGGGCUCAGUCAAGACUGACCAACAACUCCAAGUAUUCAGUGUGGCAGGCGUAGCUGAGGAUGGCUGUCGGCUCCAGGAAAGCACCCAUUUUUUUUAUCAUUAUCUCCCCCGUCCCCCCUCAAACUCACAAUUUUCUUUCUUAAUGAAAGAUAUUAUUCAGACUUCUGGUUCCCAUGGAAUAACAUUGAUCACCAUGCUAAUCGACAGGGCUUGUCCAUCCAUUGAGCAGGAAAUCAUUCAAAUUACUUUACAAUCAAUGAUCCUGAUUCAUAAAAAUUGCUAUCGAUAACAAGUUACAUUAACUGUUAGAAGCUACUGAAAUUGUGGCAUUUGAUUGGCCGAGAGCAAAUUUGUCAUAGAAAUUUAGCAUAAAAAAAAACAAGUUUUAUGAAUCAGGGCCCAGUUCAUACGCUAGCUUCUGUCUUGUCAAGGAAAUAUUUUUGUUCAUACUGAUUCAGAGAAUGAUGUUGGAAGUAAUUUCUCUAUACAUUGCCAAAUUUUAAAUUCUCAUUACAGAUAUUUUUAUUAUUUCUAUAUGACAUGUAGCUGUGCUUUCAUGUUUAUCCAUAGAUUUUUUUCUUCUUUAGGAAAUGCAAUUCCGCUCGCUUUUCUGUCUUUAUAAUUGUUUUUUUCAGUAGCUGUCUAAUAACAGAUUACAGUUGACACAAACAUGAGGGCAUAUUGGUUCAGACAAUUAAGCUUAUGUCAUGUCAUUUGCUCUACCACUGGCAGAUCAUAUCUGUUUUUGUUGUUGCAAGAGUUGGUCAUUUGCUGUGUGCAUCGUUGAUUCACAAGUUUUCAUUUAAACUGUAUGGACAGAUCUACAUCUGAAUUUACCUCAUCAGAUGUAUAGAGGUACCAUGUAUCUGUAUAAAUAUACAAGAAAACUGCAUUAUCAUUGACUAUUAAGAUGGCUACAAACAUUCCAUUUCUUGAUAGGUUCCUGGUAUUUAUUCUUCUACAGGGCUACAUUUAAGGCAUGUUCAUAAUUGUGCAAAGUACAUCAUAGAGAAGAUGAUAGAAGCUAUGAACAGGAAUUCUCCCUUGAAUUUAGGAACUCGAAAAUAGGGAACUGACUUUCUUGAAUAAUGAAAAAGUUUUAAAUUCCAAUUGAACUCUGGAUGAGUAAUCCAUUAGUUUUUUUCCUUCAUAUUAUUCAUAGAUCAAGAUUAUUUUGUUAAUUUGUCAUUAAAAAGGUAGGACUAAGAUUGUAUAUGAAUACUUUGUGGGUAUAUUGCUUAUCCAUACCUACUUUUUUUGCAAAAGUUCUCAAGAGAUUAAUACUGAGGCAUAGAAGAAAUAUAUUUUAUAUAUUAUGAUGAAGUUAAAACUUCUUUUGGCUUAUCUGAGAAAGGGGAGAGAAGAAACAAGACAUAAUUUGAUGGUAUUCAAAUAAGUGUAAAUAUCGUGUGUAGUAUUUCAACCUAUGUAUAUAUGUGUAUAUUUCAAAUUUCUUAUUUAAUGUACAAUUGUGUGACAGAAAUAAAAAAUGUCUUAGUUAUGUA